UGUACACUUCUGUCAUCGUUUCUGAUGAGGAAAGCCAAAACGAAUUGCUACAGAGAAGGUCCUGAAAGUCCUGCUAAGGACGAAGCACAGCGGGAGAUGCACAGCGACAAGGGCACAGCUGGAGGAAAGGUGCUGCGCUCCACAACUGUGUUCCUCUCUGAUGCAGAGGACGAGUACGAAGAUGACGAGGGUGGAGGAGCUCAGAGGGCUAAGAAGAAAAAGCGUAAAGGCGAUUUUGAGCGAGAUGAGGUGGAGUCAAAGAAGGAAAGACAGGACCCGGAUGUGGAUCUGGAGUUGGAGGCUCAAGGGGAUCCUCCGAAUGCGCAAUCCACAGCGAUGGACCAUACUGAGAUUUCCCCCGGUGCUCUACACUCUGUCCCUUUGUCCAUUUCCCCAUUUUCUACACAGUUCCUCAGCCCUUAUGUUCUCUCCCUUGCUCCCUCAAUGGCAAGCGAUGGAAGCAAAUUAUCGGUAUUUUCAAACUCCCCAACAAUCUCUCGCUUUCCUGGCUCUUUACUCUCGCAGACUCUCUCCUCCCACAACCAAACCUCUCACUACCUGUCCAACGGAGAUGAUUCCGAAUCUGCGCUGGAUCUCAGCAUAGGGAAAAACAACUCCAAGUAUACUUCGUCCUCCUCAUCUGUCGACAAAAUAUCUGUACAGAAGGGACAGCUGUUGGACGGACUUGGCCUCCGCCCCACAUCCAAAGGCAUGGUGGUUGUCCAGGUUAAACCAGAAUCCGGGACUGCUGUGCCUUCAUCCAAUAGCCCAAUAAAUCUGGUCAACUGCAGCCACAUGACAAAGUCGAACAUUUAUAUGAGGGCAGAUAACAGGACAAACACCACUUUUGUGAAAGUGGAGAGAGACCGGGAGAAAGAGACUGAGCUGCAAGAGAGGAAGUCCAAAGGAAAAAGGUAUCGGGACAUGCGCCGCUCAAGGACCAUCAUUCAAGCUGAACAGCUUGACAUUCUGUAUGGCUGCUAUUUCAAAGACCCUAAUCCCGGGAAGCACGAGUUUGAACAGAUCGCCGAGUGGGUUCAUCUUCCAAAAAAGGUCGUUCAGAUCUGGUUCCAGAACAUGAGGGCAAGGGAAAGGAAAGGCGAGGUCCGGUUCAUCAGCGACGGCACUUUGGCUGCUGUUGGAAAACCUCUCAUCAAAUUCACAUGGCCUCUUUCUAAACCCAUAUUCUCAAACAAGACUGCUACACAUAACACCGGGGGCAUCCCAGCUACUCCAAUUGUUCGGACACUUAUUAAGACGGACAAAGAGCCGGAAAAAGAGCCGGCAAAAGCGGCCUUAGUGAAGAAAGUGAUCCCAGUUCCCAUCAAGCCCAAGGAGGUAGCUAACCCCACCGCAGGGUCUCCUGUGAGCAGCAGCGUUACUGCAGUGCCAAAGACCAAGCUUGAAGCCAGCAGCAAUGUCAGUAUGUUGAAAGUUGCAUCCAAAGUCCCUACCCCCGUCCUCUUUCCCCCACCCAAGGAACCAGUUCCAAUUGCCCCACGGCCCAUCCAGAAACAAGAAGAGGAGAGUGAAGAAGAAAAAACCGACGAGGAAAAAGAGGAUGACAGUGAAAUGUUGAUCAGACCGGGCAUGGCUAACCGCAUGGUACCGAAGCUGGCCACAACUCCCAUUAAUAACAGGCCUCCAGUCUCCACUCUAGUGCCACCAAAACAAAACGGUCUCAACUACUGGACCCCCAAAGUCCCCAUAAAGAUCAACACUCUGUCAAGAGAACAACUGGCGCUUCCAACACACACGCCGCCUCGUACCAUCCCCCCUCCUCCCACUCCUAGCAUCGCACCGGUCAGCCCAAACACACCCGGUUCCGCCAAAGCGGGGAGCCCGUCCACACCGAUGAUCGUGAAAUCCAGUCCGACGGAAAGCAGCUUUCUGUCCCACUCCGCCAGCCGCAGGCCACGCACCCACCUGUCCUGCCUUCAGCUGUCCAUCUUGCAGUCAUGCUAUGAAACCUGUGCCCACCCCAAUGCUAUGGAGUGCGAAGCGAUCGGCACAGAGCUCAACUUGCCUCUCAAGGUGGUGCAGAUCUGGUUCCAGAAUACCAGAGCCAAGGAGAAGCGCUGGAGGCUGCAGCAGGAAAAAAUGUACCCCCUGUCAGAUGGGAAAGUGGACACCAGCUCGGGAAGCUAUCUUCACUACAGCGCCCUGAAAGCCAAUCGGCCCAUCCUUCCCAAGCCCGUUCAGCUAACGAUCACCGAACCCGCGGCCUCUCCAGUGCCGGGCCAGCCCGCUCCAAAGGAAACCCUGACGGGCCACUGCGACGCCUGCAAUGUCUCCUUCGAGUCGCGGGCCGCCGCCAGGGCCCACGUCUUCUCCCCACAUCACCUGGCCACUUUGAGAACCACUAACUUUGGCCAACCCACGGCCCUGGUCAGUAAGAACAGCUCGCAGGGUCCUCUCUCCACCGCUGUGACCAGCCCAGGAGCUGGCUCCGAAGGGGAGAUCGUCAUCGAGUUGCCACCCUCGACGGCCACCAGCAACAGUUAAAAAGACUCAGAUCAGGCAUGGUCUGCACAUUGACAAUUGUUGGACCCGUUUGGGCUUCUCAGAUUUUAAUAAACACAUUUGAGCACUAAUCCUCUAAAGGUAAUCUUUCGCUACGCCUCCCUCCACCCCACUCCCCACUUUUUCUCCGCUCCUCUUUGCUCGACCGUCACUUGGCCUGACAUGAACUGAGCAGACUCUCUUCCCAUGCUGCUUGUCACUAUAUCAGCUGAUUUCCUGAUGAGUGUGCGAACCCACUAAAGGUCUCCUUGACCUUUUCACACCGUACCGCAACAAUUUCUGAUCCUGACCCUGUGGUUAUGUACUGAUUUACUUCCUAUAAUUUGUAAAGGCACUCAACUCACAAUGCUUGAGCUGUUCUAUCCUAAAGACUGAUACAAGUGUUUAUACUUUUUGGCAGUGGCCACGGUGAGCCCAUAAACACUUUUUUUGAGGUGACAUGAUGUACUCACAUAAAUAACUGCCUGGUUUUUUUUUUGUUUUUUUUCUAUUUUUCCCCCCCCCUUGUGGAGUUGUGUUUUUUGUUUUCCCCUCAUGCCAACUUUUCACCUCUUCUCUGGCAAAGAUUGCUUAGAUAUCACACAACUGGACUGAGCUGUUGGGAGAGGAGAAAAUAGCUGGUCAAUAGCCAGCUUUUUGGUUGCUACAAGAAUUAUUCGUCUUCUCAUUUGGGAUUUAAAAGAGGUACUAUAGAGAGAGAGAGAGUGAGUAGGGCUGCAAACUUGUCCACAAUAACAUGCUCAUAGUUUCAUGACAAUCUAAAAAAUAAAAAAAAAGACUGAGCUAAAAGGUUUUUAAGAAAGUAGAAUCUGUGGCAUACCGCACUUUGACAUUUUACAUUGUUUGAGAUGUUUUUAAGCAUUCUGAUGCAGGUGUCUUUUUAUGGAAAGAUGCAUUAAUGCAUGUUGGAUGCCUUAAUAUAAAUCACGUGAAAUGAAUUUGUUUGGUUUUUUUUGUUUAUUUCUUUUGCUAAUCAGUUGUAAUAUGCUUUGGUUGUGAGCGUAAUAUACAAAAAAAAAAAAAAAAAAAGACUUGUCAAUGAAGAGCUUUUUUUUUUUUUCCAAACUUUUUAUACCCAUUCAAGGGGAUAUGUCUCUUUGAAUGUCACAGCCGAUAUUCUAUGAGUUGAGAAAUCCUGCCUGUAAAUCUUUCAGCGUUUUCUUUGCCAAGAACUGUAAUUGCUUUUAUUUUAUUUUUGUUGUUUUUUUUUACAUUAAAUUCUGUUUUUGUUUUGUUUUUGUUGGUCAAUUUUACAUCCCCCCCCCCUAAAUGUUUGUGUGUCUCAUUUUUGGAAUGUGACUCUUCAGACUUGCUUGGGAAAUCUAAAUGUUUUACACCUCCUGUUGGUGUGUUAGUAAUAUGGCAGCCUUAAAAGGAAACCCCAACAGGGGAGCUUUGUAAAUUGAUUUCAACUCUAUUUGGCACUAAGACUCAGACUGAUUUCCCAAUUUUUUUUCCUUGUUUUUGUUGUCUUUUUGAAUACUGUAAAAGUUUUUUUUUUGUUUUUUUUUUUUAAAUACUCAUUUUAUUCUCUUGAGUGUUUGUUCAACGACAGGAAGCAAUUACAACUGGCAAAACAUUUUUAUUUAGGUCAAAAGCCAAUCCAGUCAGAUUGAGAAAGCAGGCCUUCUUCCCCCCUCAUUUUUUUGGGUCCGUUUCAAAGCAGAAAGUGAUCCUGGUCAUGUAUGUGCUGUGAAAUAUUAUACUCUUGAAACCCACGACGACGGAGACAGUCGGGUAUUAUUGGUAUCAUCUGGUUUAUGGGUACUCAAACCUAGGAAAUAAAUUAGGAAACUGAAAAUGUAUUCACUGAGAGCUAAUAAGAUGGUGCUGUGUUGAAGGACACAAACUAAAGAUGUUUUCCUUCGGUUUAAGUUGUAUAUUAAUGUUACUAUUAAUAGUUUUAACAAAAAAAAAAAAUGCAAAACUAAAACCUGAACUUUUUGUAAAGAAAUAUAUUAAAAAAAAACAACUGAUAUUCCAAAGUAAUCCUCACUUUGCUUUCUGUCAUUCAGAAACCAAAAAGCAAUCUUUAGGUCGACAGAGAGCAGGAGAGGUCCUAAUGCAAACUGUAAAAAAAAAAAAAAAAAACAACAAAAAAAAGGACAUCCCACAGCUUGACACUUGCACUAGUCCACCAUUUUUGCACAAGCUACAGACAUGCGAGACGAAUGCAGCCAUCGCUGCAGCGGUGUUACAAAGACGGGAACGAUGUCCUUUUAACUAUGAGUAAUAAUUUGUACUUCUGUUGGAAACUGUAUCUUGUGUGUAAAGCAAGGACUAGUGUGCUCCAACCUCAAGACUGGGAUUACACACACACACAUAUGCGCACACACACAGACACGGUGUUGCACUGUCCAAACUAGACGUUUUUAUGGAGAUCUGCUUUAUGUUCCCUUAUGUUUCAUUGUCACUUUUGAUUAUCACUAUUGUUAGAUCUGUACUACUACUUAUACAAUUUAUUAUUACUACUCAUCACUGUUUGUUUUUUUUUUUUUGUUUGUUUUAUUCUUACAGAUUCAUAAUGGGUUUCAAUGCCACCGCUCUGCUCAGAAAGAGUAUGGUAUUCCUAUGAAUAUUGAACAAUAAUAGUGGCAGUGUUGUUAUGACUUGUUAGAUUUUAUGAUUAAGCUUAAUUUUCCUCCUCACCUUGUACCUGCCUUUGUGUUUGGUCUCCAUUAUGCUUUCUUUGUUAUACAGAAAAACAAAUAAAACCAGUUGAACAACAAA